AUGAUCGGAACGAGCAUCCCCGCGUACUUCUUCAUUCGCAUAUGCAUCCUCCUGCUCCGGCUUGUCCUGCCGCUCAGUAUCUUCUUCUGCAGCUUCAGCAUCGCCGAGCACCCUCAGACCGGGUUCACGCGCUUCCUGCUUGCUUGGGCCAUCAUCGAAACCGCUUUCUGGGUCCUCGUAUUCAUACCUCGCAAGCGCGCUCUGCAGGUCGAAGCCCCGCAUCCGCCGCCUCUCGGUCAGGAUGAGCGUAAGGAGCUGUUUUGGAAAUGCUGGGAGAAUAUUCCGGAGCCUGAGGGAUACGUAUCGCGGUGGUUUCUGGGCGCAAGAAGCUAUGAGAUUAGGCGCGAGAAUGUGAGGGAGUUUUUCAAGUGGGCGUUGCUGUAUAAAGGAGAUGAGAAGGCGCAGAAGAAGGUUAGGACCGAACCUGCGGAGGGCGAGCAGGAGGGGUUCGAGGUAGACGACGAGGUCAGCAGGAAGGCGGAGGAGGAGCGGGAGCUGGACGAGUAUGCAGAUGGAAUGCAGACGCUUCUUGGAAGGCGUAUUGAACCCGGGAGAGGGCCCGCAAAGAGCCUGCGUUUGACGGUGGACGAGGUCAAGAUGCUACAUCGGCCGGUGGUGUGGUAUUUGAUUGUAAUGCUAGUAGACACCCUCACCGCUGCGUACCUCCGCUUCAGCGGCUUCCUACUCUAUCGAACCCAUGCCAAGAAAGCGCUGUCCAUCUUCCCUCCGCGCGUUGCCUCUCUGUUCACCCGCCAGAUCUCCCCUUCGCCGGAUUUGUCCUACUGGUAUCGGCCGCAUACCUCCAAGACCCGCCUCCCCAUCCUCUUCAUUCACGGCAUUGGCAUCGGCCUUUUCCCCUACUCGCAGUUCCUUGCCGAAAUAAACAAGCAUGACCCGCUUGGUCCCUCAGACGGAGAAAUCGGAAUCAUAGCCAUCGAGCUUAUGCCCAUCAGCUUCCGCAUUACAGGCGGCAUCAUCGACCGUGACGAGAUAUGUCGGCAAAUCGACCUCAUCCUAGCGCGCCACGGCUUCGAUAAAGUGGUCUUGGCGAGCCAUUCGUACGGAAGCGUAAUCACCACGCAUUUGUUGCAGGACUCAAGGACGAAAGAUAAGAUAGGGCCGAUGCUGUUUGUCGAUCCAGUAACAUUCCUUCUGCAUCUCCCGGACGUCUGCUACAAUUUCACGGCUCGAAGACCGCGGCGCGCAAAUGAGCAUCAACUAUAUUACUUCGCGAGUACGGACAUGAUGGUCAGCCACACGCUUGCGCGACACUUCUUCUGGGCGCAAAAUAUCUUGUGGAAGGACGAGCUUAGAGGGCGGGACGUUACAGUUUCGCUGGGUGGUAGAGAUCUCAUUGUCGAUACGGAAACCGUAGGCAGGUAUCUUGCCGGGGUGGACUUGAAGAGCGAGGACGGCGGCUGGAAAGACAAGGAGACGCGAGGCGAAGGCUUGGAGACGAUUUGGUGGCCGACUUGCGAUCAUGCGCAGGUCUUUGAGAGCAAGGAUGGAAGAGCGAAGUUGGCUGGUGUGCUGAGAAAGUACGUGGAAAAGAGGGGAGGGGAGGACGAGGAUGAGUUGGCUUGA